CGCAAGGAUCGCCCGGUCUAGUGGCGCGUGCCUCAUUGCCUUCCACCAGUGAGAUGCUCCACCAUCUACCGAGGCGUGCGAUGGAGCGCGAGGUCGACAUCAUGCCCAGAAAAGCGAAUUCUGACCUCUCCAACCAAACAUCAAUCGACCAUGCUUUUGUGUAACAGAGAUCCACACCACACAAUGCGACAACAUCGCAACCCUUGCUCGGACGUUCCGUCCAGUUGGGCAAGACUUCCAGAUGAGUCCUCGUCUGCGUGGUCCUACCACAGUAUAUAGUAUGGUAGAUCUCCACCAUGUCUCCAUGGCCGAUCACUUCUGUCGCUUUUCUUGUGGCUUUGGCCUUCCUGCGCUCCACUGUCCUGCCCAAGUACCUUGACAAACAGGACAACAAGAGAGUGUGAACAUGGUUGCAGUCCAAGAUCCUAUACAUCCCGUCGAUGUCCACGUUGAGACAGGCCAGCACAGAGAAACACACCAUGACAUCCCUGAGCAUGGCCAUAAUGUCUCGAAGCAGACAGAUGUCGACGAGAACCCAGACUUGACCCUUCACUACUCGCAUGAGCAUCAGCACAACCAUCUCCAUCACAAUCGCGCCUCGCUCGCUGGUCGAAAUGAUGAAGUGCUUUAUGCUGAGGGCACAACGUUUGACAAGUCCAACAUUGGCGAAGUCAACCCUCAAGAUUACAAGGCGCAUCAUCUAAGACAGCAAAGUCCGGUAGACGAGAAGGAUUUUGCUGCAGCAGACGCAGAGAAAGGAGGUGUUGGUCCCAUGACGGUUGACACGAAUGGCUCAGAAGAAGAGGGAAGAAAUCAUCGUGUCGCGAGGACAUAUUCGAGAUACAAGAUUUUCGUGCAUCUGUUCAUCUGGUUGCUCUUUACCGGAUGGUGGAUUGCUGGCCUCAUCCUUCACCGCCACGACUUGGGCUGGCUGGUUCCGUUCCUCCUGUACCUUGCCAUCACUCUUCGUCUGAUCUUCUUCUGGGUGCCCAUUACGAUCAUCACACGCCCGAUGCACUUCAUCUGGAACCACACCGGCGUGCGCGUGUACCGGGCCUUGCCCGAGAAAACACGACUCCCACUCGCGACUCUCGUAGCCGUCGCGGUCAUCCUGCUCGGCGCUUUCGUCUCAGAGGAAUCGGCGGAUAACACGCGCAGCAACCGCGCCAUCUCGCUCCUCGGACUCGUCAUCAUGCUCGUCGUCCUGUGGGCUACAUCUCGUGACCGCCGCAAGAUCCGCUGGCACACGGUUAUCGGAGGUAUGCUCACUCAAUUCGUCAUUGCGGUCUUCGUCCUGCGCACACAGGCAGGCUACGACAUCUUCAACUUUAUAUCCGGCCUGGCACGCGACCUUCUCGGUUUUGCCGACCAAGGUACAUCCUUCCUGACCGCUGAGUCCGUGGUCAACUUGCACUGGUUCCUGACCGGCGUGGUCCCGCCCAUUAUUUUCUUCGUCGCCCUGGUGCAGGUCCUGUACUACCUGGGCAUUUUGCAGUGGUUCAUCGGCAAAUUCGCCGUCUUCUUCUUCUGGUCUCUGCGCGUAUCAGGCGCCGAGGCAGUCGUCGCGGCUGCCUCACCCUUUAUCGGCCAGGGCGAAUCCGCCAUGCUUAUCCGGCCUUUUGUCCCGCACUUGACACUGGCCGAGAUCCAUCAGGUCAUGACCUCGGGUUUCGCGACGAUCGCCGGGUCAGUCCUCGUGGCGUACAUCAGCCUGGGUUUGAACCCACAGGCCCUGGUGUCAAGUUGUAUCAUGUCCAUCCCGGCGUCAUUGGCAGUGAGCAAGAUGAGAUAUCCCGAAACCGAAGAGACCAUCACUUCGGGCCGGUGCGUUGUGCCGGAUGACGACGAGCACCGCGCCACCAACGCCCUGCACGCAUUCGCCAAUGGUGCAUGGCUGGGUAUCAAGAUCGCCGGCAUGAUAGUCGCGACUUUGCUCUGUAUCAUUGCCUUGAUCGGCUUGAUCAACGGUCUUCUAGGCUGGUGGGGAAGAUAUAUCAACAUCACUCAAGACGGCGAAGCCUACCUUACAUUGCAACUCAUCCUGGGCUACAUGUGCUACCCGGUCGCCUUCCUCUUGGGCGUGCCGCGGGACGACCUCCUGCGUGUCGGCCAACUGAUUGGCAUCAAGGUCAUUGCCAAUGAAUUUGUGGCCUACAACUCCUUGACAAGCGAGGCGCAGUACACCAACAUGAGCCCCAGGUCGAAAUUGAUCGCGACAUAUGCGCUAUGCGGAUUCGGCAACUUCGGCUCCUUGGGUACACAGAUUGGCGUUCUCUCGCAGAUCGCACCAUCGCGAGCAGGCGACGUCUCGCGCGUCGCAUUGUCCGCUUUGUUCUCCGGCGUGCUGUCCACGUUGACGUCCGCGAGCAUCGCAGGGCUAUUGGUCACGGAUCAGACGACGUUGUCGCAGACCACCUCGUAACACGGACUACAUUGUUGGUUUGGGAGAUCGAGCGCAUGGAAACGAUGAAGCGUAUUUAACCAGCGAAUGUGUAAGCCAGUGCUACAGUGCGCUACACAUCCGUUACUACUCCGUAAAAGUGUAGACUUUGUGCUUAUUCCGAGCAUGCUAAGCACCAAGCGUGACGGGAAGC